GAAAUGCAGGUGAACUCCUGGUGAGUCGGAUACAUGAGAGAAGCUGCCAAGGGCUAUGGGUAUGCUUUCCCCUCAUGGUGAACUCCCAAGGAAUGCAUCUAAUGCAUCAGCUUGUGAAAUCCAGAAUGGCUUCUUAGCAGAGACUUUGCCUGUGUUGUACUCGGUCAUUUCUCUAUUCAGUUUCUUCAGCAACGUGCUGGCCCUUUGGGUGUUCCAAUUUGGCAUGCAGAAGACAAACUCCAUCACAGUGUACAUGAAGAACCUUGCCAUCUCAGACCUCCUGCUUGCCCUCUGCCUGCCCUUCCGAGUGGCUUAUGUGAACGCGAGUGGCCCCUUCAUCCUGUGCAAGGUGGUUGGCAUAGUCUUCUACAUCACCAUGUACGUCAGUAUCCUGCUUCUCAGCCUGAUCAGUCUGGAUCGCUACCUGAAGAUCAUCAGGCCCCUCCAGCAAUUCCAGAUCCACACCGUGCCUCACAGCACUAAUGCUUCCAGAGCGGUGUGGCUGCUCUGCAUUGCCGCAAUGCUACCUUACUGUUUCGAAAAUGGCAGCAGCAGUGAGCCCUGCAGCCACAAAUGCUUCCACUUCAAGAAGAGGAGCACUCUGGCAGCAGUGUUCAACAUGAUUGCAGUGGUCAUCUUCUUCUUCCUGCUGCUGUUUUUCCUUUACUCGUACAGCAAAAUCUCCCUUAAGCUCCACACAGUCUCCUUAAAGAAAACACAACAGCAAAGUAAGAGAAUCAGCACCAGAGCCAUCUCAAAGACCUUUGUAGUCCUGGUCAUCUUCAUAAUAUGCUUCACCCCUUACCAUGUGGUUCGAGUGCCUUACAUUCUUGCCCAGGUGGGGAUCAUCUCUGCCAAGUGGAGCACUCAGGCCCUCCACCUUGCCAAUGAACUCGUCCUUUGCAUCUCAGCCCUCAACUGCUGCUUUGACCCCGUGAUUUUCUUUUUUUUGUCCAGCAGUUUCAAGAGAGCCAUGGUGGCAACCACCCAUGGAAAGCUGAAGGAGGCGCUCCAGAAGAAUCCAGAAGCUGUAAGCCAUAGAAAAUCCAUCACUGACUCUAAAAUCCAGGGGAGCUGAGGUUCAGGAUCAGCAAUUGUUGGAGACUAAUGGAAGACAUACCAGGGGUGGGUGAGGCCAUAGGCAAAAGUAGGUGGAGCAAAGCAUGGGACUCUUUGUACAAUAGGCUACGUUCCAACCAUGCAAACAUCAGAUAUUUCUGCCCCCUGCACUCUCUUUGGAUGAUGUAUGUCAAUUCUAACAGUGCGUUAUUUUUCAGUGAGUUCAUUAGCUUCAGUUGGUGCCGAAUGUGGUGGCCAGACUGCUGAUGGGGGCACAUGGCUAACAACAUGUGACAUCAUUGCUAAAACAUCUGCACUGGCUGCCCAUCCACUACCAAGCCCAGUCAAGGUCCUUGGAUUCAUUAACCAAGCCCUGAACAACAUAGAUCCAGGGUACCUUAGGGACAGCUUGAACCCUUAUAUUACAGCUCAGUCACUGAAAUCAUCUGCAGGAGCAUCGUUGGUCAUCCCCCAAGUUAUUGAGGCUCAUUUGACAAGAAAUCAAGCCUUCAGUGUCAUCACCCCAGUCCUGUGGAAUGCUCUGCCAACAGAGAUUCAGCAGGCGCCUUCUCUUCUGACUUUUAAAUGCCUGCUGAAAAUUUUCCUGUUACCAGCCUUAUGCUGGCAGUUGAGAAGAUCGCUUUCUGCAAUAGUUAAUGAUUGCUGAUUUUACCUUUUUACGUGGUUUUACCAUGUAUUAUGUUGUAAACCACUUUGAUUUUUUAAAAAAUGAAUAGCAGUAUGGAAAUAUUUUAGAUAAAUAAAUAAAUGAAAGACAGGACCGGAAGAGAUGCAAUAAGCGAUAAGUAAUGAACAGUUUGUCCUGCUUUUUCUAAGCCAUGGCCACCUGCUCAGCAACUGAUGUCAUGUGACAUCAUGUGCGGGGCAGGUAAGGUUGUGGCUGCAAAAGAACAAUUGAAAAAUGCGAUACUGAUUGUUCCUUGGCAAGCAGGGCUUGCAUUCAGUGUCUUUUAAAAUUUGCAAAAAAUGCAAGCCACAGUAGGUUUGUUCCCACCCCAGAGCUCUUGAGUAGGGUUAUCCCAGCGCAAAGCUACAAGCCCCAAUUUCAGCAGGGAACUGCUCUACUUGGGAACUCCAAUCAGAUCCAAAUCCAAGCCCUAGUUAGCAGAGGAACACCUGGGAGAUUAAAAGCUGGCAUCUUAGAAACCCCCCCAGUAGCUGAUUCUUAUUUAAAAUCUUGUAUCAGAAUAUGAGUUCUUAUGCACAGCAUUUAAGGAAAAGUUUGAGAAAUCAGAAAGCAUUCAGAGGAGAAUCACAGAAGUGUAAAAAGGGUCUACAUUAGAUGGUGUCAUACAGAGAGAGAGAAAAGGUCAAGGUGUAUACUUUUAAAAUGUAUUUAGUGCUGGGUGUUCCUGCGAGGUGUUUUAAUUUAAGUAUUCAGAUAUAGAGGGUGUUACAGAUUAGGCAAAUGAGAGCAUUUUCUUGAGAAACAGGCAUAUAGCUGAGGUUUACCAUAAGCUUUUGUGUGGUUUCUCAUGCAGUUAUAGCAAUAAAGCAAAUGCAGCCUUGUCUUCUCAUAGCCCAAGUUUCAUUUCUUACUGUGCUGCAAGACAAAAGUGGGAAAUAGGAUCUGAUCCUCAGCAGUUCCACCUCUUGUGGGCCAUUUUGACAUCUGCUCUUUAUCUGUGGGGAAGGGCCGUGGCUCAGUGAUAGAGCAUCUGCCUUGCAUGCAGAAGGUCCCAAGUUCAAUCCCUGGCAUCUCCAGGCAGGACUGGGAAGGUCCCCUCUCUUAAACCCUGGAGAGC